AAGGGACAUACUUAUAGACGAACGAAGAAGGAAUUAUUUUUCAUGUAAGAUCGCUCUUGAUAAAACAUGCGAGGCCUUGUUGCCUUUUACGGAAAACAAGCUCAAGGAUUUACAUCAGCAAAUCUCACAACAGGUCGGAAAUCAGCCUGCUUGUCACCAGCAAUGCAGUUAGGUUGUGCGAGAUAUCAACAACUGGUGUGUCACCUGUGAUUUGUGGAGACAAGCGUUGAUUGGGUUUCAUACCAGUUCGUGGGAAGUGAAAUUUGCAUAAGCUUCAAUCAUGGGAAUGGCCGAAACAUCACAUGAAUCUAGUUUAAGUAUUUAUGCUGCAAAAUUGGGAUGAAGCUAACUUGAAUGCGAAUGAUUUACAGUGGCGUUAAUCGUGUGGCAAAAGUGUUCAGUCUUUCCUACCGCAAUAUUGCCUUUGUCUGAAACACUUCGGAAAAGCAGAAACAAGGUAGCUCUGACAACAUCGCUUGAUGAAAAUGACAGGUUAUUCAACACGCUGAUGUGGACAACUACUUACAGAAUUCCGUCGAGAUACAAAACAGUAUCACUGACCUUGAAAGUGGUGACCUUUUUGAAUUUGAAAACGAGUUAAGAGAAAUAAUGAACAACACAAAUGAAGUUAAAGAGAGACUAUGGAUUCUCAUAGCAGUGUGCAAAGCCAUUUUGACAACUGCACUGUUUUUUAUGCAACCAGGGUUACCGAUGAUCUUCACUGGACCACAAUUCAAACCAUCCAUGGAGAAAACGGGCCAUUUAUUUAUUUACUUCAUUUCAUUAAUAUUGUCGAAUUAAUUCCGUCGAUCAUUUUGAUAAAUAAAUGCAAUCUUUGACAAAAAGCUAUGCAUUAAAAGUACAUUUUUCAACAUUUAACAAUAAUGAUUAUGAUAAAAAUGUAACGUUUUACAGGCUGUCUGCAGGAGUAUUCGCCUUUGAUUCCAACAUCACCGCUGCUUGUAGAUUACUUCAAACAUCAUGAACCCCUCGUUGGCAGGGUAUGGAUGUUUCAGUUAUUGGAUGAACACCUGAAAAACACAAGGAAAAAUGGCAUUCUACUCGAAGCUGACAUGGGGUAUGGGAAAUCUGCUAUUGCUGCUCACAUAACAUGUGCCAAAGAAGGUGACCAAGGUAUCGAUAUGAGAAAACGUCUUAUUGCUUUUCAUGUUUGUAAAUUUGAUGUUAAGAAAACACACCAGACAGAAGGUUUUAUUCAAAGAUUAGUUUCAAUGAUUUCAAACAAUAUUCCAGAAUUUAAUCAGACUGUUAACGAAAAAUGUUUUCAAUCCUUCAUAACCGGUCAAUGCGACUAUGACCCGUUUGGUUGCAUAGAUGAAUGCAUCAUUUUCCCUUUAAAACGAACGAAAAUAUCCGAUGGAAGUGAAGAAUACAGGCUCAUAAUAAUCGAUGCUUUGGAUGAAUGUUAUGAAACAUUUUCAUUUGAAAAAAAUAAUAAAAUAUUCAAUUUCAUGGAACGCCGUGCAAAUAUGCUGCCGAGUUGGAUCAAGUUGCUUGUAACGAGCAGAAGUCUACCGCGUAAUAAAAGACUUAAAUAUAAUUUAGACAGGAUUUACUUUCAUAACCUCGAUUCCCGGAAUUUAAAUGACAUUGAUCUAUUUUUCAACCAGUCAUCUAGAGAAAAGAACGUCACAUUUUUUCAACUUGCCGUUAAUGCAGAUCCUACACAGCCGGACCAAAUCAGCAAUUUGAAUAGAUAUUACCAAGACCAGUUUGAUAGAUGGUAUGAUCACGGGUUUGAUUUGUCAAAAUCCAUUUUAGAAGCAUUGAUGACAACCUACCUUAAAAGAACUCCAGAGAAUAUAUGGAAAGUGAUUUCCUUUAAUGCUGGCGACAAUUAAUCACUUUCCAUGUUUGCAAAUGAGCUAUCCAUUAUACAGCAGUUCACAGAUAUUAUUGAUGGAGAAAUUGAGUUCAAACAUUUUUCGUUGUUUAAGUGGCUGAAAGAAGAGUGCCCCGAUGAGAAAUAUAGUCUGUCCCUUUCUAAUGGUCAUCAGGCAAAUGCGCACUAUAUUCUGCAUGAACUGAAUACUUCUAUUUUUACUUUUGAUGUCACCGUUUUACUUUUACACAUACAAUCUGCUAAUGAGGGUUCAGGUUUACAAGAACAGUUCAUGAACAUACCUAAAAAAGCCAUCUCUAGAAUAGAGAAGAAAUUUUCAGAAGCACCUGUGGUAAGGCUAAUUAAAACGGGCAAAAUGAAAGAAAUACCGGAGAUACUGUUCCACCACUUUCCAGACGGCAAUCACUUUAGUGCUGAAAACAUUUCAGCGGCGUUUAUUGCUGCAGAAAACGGAUAAACGUACGCUUUAAAGCAACUGGUAGAUCACGGAGCGGAUAUACAUUUUCGUAUACCAGCGUUUUCAAAUAUGUUAACGAUGCAUGACGCUGUGGAGAUAGCAACUAAUUUCAAGCACUGAAAUUACGGGUUGCUAGACAUAGCAGCACAAAAAGGUCAUACAGAAACAGUCAGACUAAUUUUACAGGAUGGCUUAUUCUCCUCUUAUAAGUUACAUGAACGAAACGGAAUUAACCUCUCACCAUGGCAUCUUGCUUGCAUGUUUAAUCGUAGUGAAGUGGUUGAAGUGUUCUUACGGUUCAAUCGUUCUUUUGUGGACUGGAAAUGUUUAUACUUUGCAGCUGAAAAGGGCAAUGUUGAAAUCGUAAAACUCCUCUUAGAUGCAGGUAUUUAUGAUGAAUGUGUAUUAUGCACAAAUAAAUUAUACUGGAUUCCAAACGGCACAGCUAGAGUACAAGCAGACGUACACCAAGAAAGUAUUUCGAUGUACGUUCUGUUCGAUGACUGGAGCGAAUUGUCAUGUGAAUCUGCCUUACAUGCAGCUAUUCGACAGAAUCACAUAAACAUUGUUCGAGAGUUGUUGAAGGAUAGCAAACAUUCGACGCUGCAUUGUUUAGACCGAGGAGGUCGUCCUCCGCUUAUCGCUGCACUUCAAAGUAAUCGUACUGAAAUGGUUAGACUUUUCCUUGAAGUGAGCAACGCACACAGAAUAAAAGUUAAAUGCCAGAAAGUGCCCUUUUUAAAAGACAAUCUACAAAUAAACCACAUAGAAUUGGUAAAAUUGAACCAUAUGAAAUGCAAAGCCGGACACGGUAUUGAGCAUGCCAUUCCGCCGACGUCUGAGGUAUUACAAAAUAUUAUUGAUCAUACAAACUUGGACUUUAACCGAAGAGUCGAAGACAACUGUUUACCUAUCCAUUAUGCAGCCUGUGGAAACAACGUUGAAUACCUUCACUUUUUACUGCAACAUCAUGAGAUGCUGUUUCAAAAUCUUCUUUGCUCUAAUAACACAAAUGCCUUGCAUUCAACGAUUCACUGUAAAGCAUUCGAUACCUUCAAUUAUUUUAUCGAUUCGUAUGAAAAAUUAAAGUCAAAGUCCGGAUUUGGACAAAAAAUGGAAGAGUAUGUGUUGUACCUGCUCAAACUAUCAAAUGACGAAGAGGAAUACGCAAAGGACGCCACUGACAAAACAUGGAAAAAAAUGUUCAAACUUAUGAUUGAAAAGUUUCACGUUGAUAUUUCAAUGAUGUCAGAUGAAAACGGUAACAGUAUGCUUCAUUACAUCUUUAAGAAUGGGCACUUUAAAUUACUUCGUUAUCUGGUAGCAAAAAAGCGCAAUGUCAUUUUGGAAUUAUUACAAAGAGGUUCAUUAAAGGGACAGUCACAAAUUACAUAUCUAGCAAAAUACAUGGCUAGGCGCAAGUAUGUGCGAACUGAAGUAGUUUUUGAUAGUGUUUUGACCAGCCCUCAUUCAGUUGAGCAAGAACAGAAAAAGCUUUCGGCGAGAGAAUACUGUUUUUCCUUAGCAUCUCGAUUUUUAAGUCGACAUGGGGUGUUUAAAACGGAAGAGAAGAUUGCUAUCUUGAAACACCUUCUUCGAAAACAAAGUUAUAAUUUAGUUGACAUUUACUUGAAAUACAUAAUGUCAAAAGUCCAGUUAUUUAAGUCAAAUGUGUUCCGUAUUAUUCUUCAUUUUGACAACAAUGGACAUAUUACAAAAAACUAUCUAUUACUUCUUUUACAUGACUUAGAGACUCAGCACAGACCUGAUUUCAAGAGAUAUGAUAUUUUGAUGUGUUUGACAUGCCAGGAACUACGCAAGAAGUGCUUAGCACAUAUGUUUACGCGUAAAAUAUCGCUAUUUGAAGGAAAUUUAAAUAGCAUUUUCGGCUCUGCAUAUGAAAAGAUAUAUUUUCGUGUAUUUGAACUUAUGAUUAAAUUGACAGAUGACGUAACCUUAUCAUCUUGUGUUGAUCAACAAGGAUUGAAUCUUUUAGAAUUAGCUAUAUACAGUAAAUCAGCAAAGUUCUUGAUGGACAAAAGUGUUCAAUCUAAAUUUUCCCCUGAGGAACUUUUAUUCGGCUCCUUUAUGGAGAAAGAAAGUGAGACAUUACCUAUGACCUUAAUUAAUGGAACCUCAUCUUUUCAGGGUACAGAUCUGGUAGACUUUCAUUUCCUGACACAUAAACAAAUCAUAAACAUGAUUUUGAAUACAACAACAGCCACGAAAAGUGGUAUUCAAGGAAACAAUGAGUUACUUAUCCUUAUGAUAAGAAAUGGAGUUCUUUUUCUUUAUAAAAAUCCGUACUUCAUUUCCGAAAGAAAUGAUCAAUUCUUCGCAAACUUUAUUGAUAUUUACAAUAAACGUUUACCUGAAUCUUUUGUUUGCCACGAAAAGUCUGCCAAUUUCUCAUUCAUCCAUUUGUUGUCCCUACACGGCUAUUCAAACUCGAUAGAAACAUGCGUCAAGUACUUUAGAAAGGGUAUUUUAACUUGUUUAAAUAUUGACCAUUUUACACCUAUAUAUCUUUCUCGUGUUUAUGACAAGACAGGCAAAACGUUCCAUACUAUUUUGAAAAACACGGACAACAAACAACUCGGAAACGCAAAAUCGCAACUUAUUUCCUUGAAUAUCAAAUAUAAAUAUAAAUACACGGAUGCAAAAAGAUGCUUUUCAACUGUCUAUUUUCAAUUUCUAUAUAAUUCAACAGCUGUGAAAGAAUAUAAUGAAAGGUUAUGGCCUUAUGCGGAAUACAUAAUCUCGUUUAGGUCCAGUGACUUAAUACGCAAUGUUUAUAAAGAAUUCAAGAAGGCAUAUGACGGCAAAUAUUAAUUGUUUAGUCUCUGAAGAAGGUAGGGUUAUUCUUGAAAAGUAUCACAUAUUUGAUAAUCACAAAUAUGUACAGAAAUAAGUAAAUGUGUAUUAAGACUGUGCAGAACAAUAAGUUCUGUUAUUCUUGAGUUUUUUUUAUUAUAGAUUGUUUGUAUAAUAUAGACAGUAGAGACUGUUUGGUUUUGGAUGUGUUUAAAAUAUGUUUCCUAAUGGAUCUAUAAACAAUUAUUAGACCGUUAAACUAAGAUGAGACAUGGUUCUAUCGUUAUUGAUCAUUUUGUUGUUAAUAAUGUAAUAUGUCAUUAUGUUGUUGUUAUUGUAAUAUGCCAUUAUGCUGCUUCUAUUGUCAUAUGGCAGUAUGUUGUUGUUUUUGAAAUAUACAAUUAUGUUAUUUUUGUUAUGCAUGAUCAUGGUUCUUUAAUAAAGUGAAUUUGAAUAUAGGAUAUUCAAUUAUAAUGUUAAUGUUUUUUUUUGAAAAAUACUUUUGAUGUUCAAUGCAUUUUGGGUUUGUGUCUGUUAUGUUUGAGAGUUUGAUGUGUUGCUGUUAUGUAUUAUCAUUGAAAUUCCUUGUGUCGUUUGCGCCCUAACCAUGUGUCAUUAAACAUGGCUUAUAUUUAAAGUUUUUCCUCCUGGGCUUGUCCCUGUAUUUUCAUUGUAAACCAGUUUUGUAUUGAUCAAGUAGACGCUUAUUUAUUAUUGAUGGAUUUCAAUAUGAUUGUGAAUAAUUAAUAUAACAACCAAGGCCAAUAUUGAAAUUGAUAGAAAUCUCAAUGUGCAUGUACUAUUUUGUGAUUUGAAUAUCAGUUUAUGAUGAAGUUGUGCAUACAAAACGGUAUCGGAAUACAACUUUAGUAGUUUUUGCACUAGUAUGAGAAGAAACUGUUUACUAGUUUAAGUGUUAAACUCAAAAGUCAAUAACUCUUCUUUUUCAUAUUAUUUUUCAACAUUUUGUUUAAGUUAAAAAUGAUCGUUCACGUCCCAAUGGCUGCCAAAAAUAAUUGUGUAUAAAACACUAUACACAGGGCGGAACCUUAGAAAAUAUGCUUACUAUAUGUAAUAGGAAUCCAUCAUUUCAUUUAGUGGAGUAUGUUUUUGAGAAUAUAGGUUCACAUAUGUAUAUGAGGACAUUGAGUCCGGUACACCUCGGGUAGCCAGCAAAGGUAACCGAGAGCUCAUUUUUAGUAGAAGGUCAGAACCCCGCCCACUUGGUCAUUUUGUUGAAUAGGUCUUUUUACUAGACAUAGAUACAGAUGCCAGAUUAAAAUAUGUGUACAGUGCUAGAGGAAUUCAUAUUUUAUUCCAUUUUCAACCAUACUGCUUUGCUUUUAGAUUUCUACGAAUCGCUGCUUUUGAAACACCUUCCUAUUUGGUGAAAAUAUAAUAUCACUCACAAAAAAAUAAUAUAUAACAUAUUUGUUCUUUUGCAUGUUUUAUUUUUAUCUAUAUAUUUGUAUAUUGGUUUUACUUGUACAUACUCAU